GGAGCCGGGCGCCUGGCGCGGGGGCUCGCCGAGCGCACGGGGGGCCGCGCGGCGCUGCAGACCCAGCCUCCCGCCGCCGCCGCCGCCGCCGCCGCCUCGGCGCUUGCAGAACCCAGAAGUGAACAGCAGGCGACCCGGAAGGUUUGCGCGCGGCUCCGCACCGAGCCGGAGCCCGAGCCGGAGCCCGGAGCCGGAGCCCCAGCCCGGCCCUGCAAGGGCCGCCGGGCGCGGGGCUGCGGCCGCGUCCCGAAGCCGCCGCCAGCACAGCCAGGUGCUGUUGGGAACACAGAGGAAGUGACUGACUGGGGGUUCAGGGAAAGCUCCGUAGAAGAGGGAACACUUGAGCUGGGUCUUGAAGGAUGAGUAGAAGUUCACCAAGUGGGAAAGGACACUCUAGGAUGGCCGAGCCUCGAUUUAACAACCCCUACUUCUGGCCCCCUCCUCCCACCAUGCCCAGCCAGCUGGACAACCUGGUCCUGAUUAACAAGAUCAAGGAGCAGCUGAUGGCGGAGAAGAUCCGGCCGCCCCACCUGCCGCCCACGUCGGCCUCCUCGCAGCAGCCGCUGCUGGUGCCGCCGGCCCCGGCCGAGAGCAGCCAGGCCGUCAUGUCGCUGCCCAAGCUGCAGCAGGUGCCGGGGCUGCACCCGCAGGCUGUGCCGCAGCCCGACGUGGCGCUGCACGCGCGGCCGGCCACCAGCACCGUCACAGGUCUGGGGCUCUCCUCCCGAACCCCGGCUGUGAGCACGUCGGAGUCGAGUGCGGGCACGGGUACCAGCACCCCGUCCACACCCACCACCACCAGCCAGAGCCGCCUCAUCGCCUCGUCCCCCACCCUCAUCUCAGGGAUCACCAGCCCCCCCCUCCUGGACUCCAUCAAGACAAUCCAGGGCCACGGCCUGCUUGGCCCCCCUAAGUCCGAGCGCGGCCGCAAAAAGAUCAAGGCAGAGAACCCAGGGGGGCCGCCUGUCCUCGUAGUUCCCUACCCCAUUCUGGCCUCGGGCGAGACUGCCAAGGAGGGCAAGACAUACAGGUGUAAGGUGUGCCCGCUGACCUUUUUCACCAAGUCUGAGAUGCAGAUUCACUCCAAGUCGCACACCGAGGCCAAGCCCCACAAGUGCCCGCACUGCUCCAAGUCCUUUGCCAACGCCUCCUACCUGGCCCAGCACUUGCGCAUUCACCUGGGCGUGAAGCCCUACCACUGCUCCUACUGUGAUAAGUCCUUCCGACAGCUCUCCCACCUCCAGCAGCACACCAGAAUCCACACAGGCGACAGACCCUACAAGUGCCCACAUCCUGGCUGCGAAAAGGCUUUCACUCAGCUCUCCAACCUCCAGUCUCACCAGCGCCAGCACAACAAGGACAAGCCCUACAAGUGUCCCAACUGCUACCGGGCCUACUCAGACUCCGCCUCCCUGCAGAUCCACCUCUCGGCCCACGCCAUCAAGCACGCCAAGGCCUACUGCUGCAGCAUGUGCGGGCGGGCCUACACCUCGGAGACCUACCUGAUGAAGCACAUGUCCAAACACACGGUGGUGGAGCACCUGGUGAGCCACCACUCGCCCCAGAGGACGGAGUCCCCCGGCAUCCCGGUGCGAAUCUCCCUCAUCUGAGCCGACCCAAGGCGCCGCCCCACCCUGCCCACUGGCAGACACAGACCCAGGCAGCACCAGGCCCCAACUUCCUCCAGGGGCCCUCCAGGAACAGCCGAGCUCUCUCAUGACCUUCCUGACCUUCCAGAAAGCCUGGGCUGCAGAAGCCCUGCCCGGUCCAGCUCCGGGGGCGGCCAGGCCAACUGCAAGAUUCUGGACUGUUUUGGUGGCAUCCAAAGACGAUCUCAGAGCACUUUGAACCUCUCUGUUGGGUUUCUUUUUGUUCCCCACCCUCCACUUGCUUCACUGUUUUUUUUUUUUUUUUUUUUUAAGUUUGUUUUGGAAAUAACAAAAAAGAUAUUUAUUGGCCAAGAAGUUGGUGCUGCUAAGACCGAGAAAUUAAAAGAAUCGGACAGAUGGACACAGAGAACCAGAGGGCAACGUGGGACCUUCUCUUGCCACAGCCUCAGGUCUUGAGGGAAGGCUCAGGCCUGGGUUUCUGGACUGCAAAGGGGACCCUCAGGUGGGAGGGGACAGGAGGCAGCUGGAGUGAGCCACUCACCCCUGGGUGCCCCACUCACACCUCUCGAGCUACGCCCUGGGCAUUACUGAGCAGAGGGAUGCGGCAGCUCCCAACGCUGCCCAGGCUUCAGGAGGCAAAAUGAGAGAGGGGCCGGGAGAUCUGCAGGACCAAAGGGUGCAGCGUUGGACUGGGCUGGGCGCAGGCCCAGGGAAAUGGGGUGAGGGUGGGCUGGGUAAGACCCGGCCCUCCACUGCCCUGAAGACCACCCCAGUCUACCUCGGUGCUGGCCAGGAAACCUAUUGGCUACCUCUCCCACCAACCCAGACUGUGGGCAGGGGGGUGGGGAGGGAGUGGGCCUGGGCUUAGGACCACCCCCCUCCAGAAUUUCCUCCAGAUGGGGCAGUGCCCAGGGAGGGGUUAUUUGUCUUCCCUGUUACGGAGGGGGAAUCCCCAGUCCAGGCCCUAGGUCCCUCAGCAGGGAAGGGAUCCUCGGGGAGGAGGGUCCCAGGAGCAGACCCUGCCCUCAGCCCCCACAGACACACCCCAAUCUGAAAGCCAUGCGUGUCCGUGUAAAUAGGAACUAUGUACAGAGCCCGGAGAAGCCCCCCUUCAUCCCCCGGGGGAAAAAAAAAAAAAAGAAAACUAGACAGAAACUCAUCUAUAUAUUCUGUAUCUGGAGUUCCGUUUUGAAUAUUAACUGUGUUAUUUUUAUACACUUUUUAAGCCUUAACUCGCCAUUGAUUUACCAGUUUAACGUUUCCUGGGUUUUUUUUCCCCCCACGGGGUUCUCUGCCCCCUUGUUUGACUUGCGUCGUCUGAUAACUCAGUAUUGUAGCUUUUUGUCCGCAUGUUACUACCCUGUAAAUACGCUGUUAUACAUACUGUUAACACCCCAUUUGCUUUUUUCUAUGGGACCUCCAGGCCACCAUAUUUAGAACUAGUUACCUUAUUAAAAAAGAGAAAACAGUCUGUUGGCUUCUCAGUCUGCAUCUUGGUGGCAGGGAGGCAAGGGCAAGUGCCCCUCAGUGCUUCAGGAAACAAGUUUGCAUUAGAUUUAAGAAAGGGGGUGGGGAGCAAAGUAAAAAUCGAAUGUGGGGGAAGACACUAAACGGGGCAAGAAACAAAGGAAUUCCAAACCCUCUGCUCUUUGUAUUUCUCUGUUGUGAAGAAUAAACUGUACCCGCAGCCGGG